AUGCACUCUUCCAUGACAGCUCAGACCCCCGUCACCGCACCGCACGCUACUGGUAGCGCCACGUCAGCAGCCUCCUCUGCCAUGUCAGCAUCCUCAUCGUCCACGGCAGCAUCAUCAUUGCUGGCUGCGAUGGAAACGGGCGGCAGCUGCCCCGUGCCGGGCGGCAUCAAGACGCAGUACAGACGAACCAAGGACUUUGUGCUGCUCUCCUGGCGAACGCCUGACUUUGAGAUCAUGGCUGCAUUCGACCCUCUCGCAACUAAGCCUGCAAUCGCAGUGUGCAACGCCAUCUGCCCCAUGCUGCAGUGGCCCUCCCUCCUAUCAACUCUCAUAUGCUUCUUCUGCUCCCUACAUCCCUUGAAAUCCCUCUCACCCCCGCCCCGCGUCCCCCGGUUUCUGUGUGUUCAGAAGCCGGCAAUCGCGGAUUGCAACGCCAUCUGCCACAUGCUGCAGCAGCUUGAGUCAGAGCUCUCAGCCCCCACUGCGAUUUCUCAUUCUCUUCCUGUCGUGCUCCUCUCUACUCCCAACCCCCCCUCCCUCAUUCCCGUGUGUUCAGAAGCCGGCAAUCGCAGUGUGCAACGCCAUCUGCCACAUGCUGCAGCAUCUCGAGUCAGAGCUCUCUCCCUCCCACUACCGGUUCUCAUUCGCUUCCUGUCAUGCUCUCUUUACCCUUUCCAACCUCCCCUCCUCCUCCCCUCCAUUCUGUUUUGCAUUCAGAAACCUGCAAUCGCAGUGUGCAAUGCCAUCUGUCACAUGCUGCAGCAGCUUGAGUCAGAGCUCUUCCUCCCAGGCUCAGUCAUCUUCUAA